UCAUUUCUUCCAUCACUUCUCGCUUUCACCACCCCACGGAGUGACGAAGCUAAAACUUUCGUCUUAUCUAAUUUCUGAAUUCGGUCGUACAGUUAAUUUAUUGCCAUCUUCUUUCAUGGCUAGCUCUAUAAUAUUUUUAAUUCUAUUGUUUUCUUAUCUGGGUUUCUUUCUUGAUCCUUCCUUUGCUAGAAGUCCAUCAGCUUUGGUUGAGGAACAGCCUCUUGUCCUCAAGUAUCACAACGGUCCUCUUUUGAAGGGCAAGAUCACCGUUAAUCUUGUCUGGUACGGCAAGUUCUCUCCCAUCCAACGUUCCAUAAUCGUCGACUUUCUUCGCUCUCUCAGCUCCGAAGUUGAAACCACGGCGCCGUCUGUCUCAUAUUGGUGGAAAACCACGGCCAAUUACAGGGGAGGUCCGGCGACCGUUGUUGUAGGGAAACAAGUCCUGCUUGAGAACUACCCUUUGGGAAAAUAUAUUAAAACGACGUCGCAGCUGGCAGGCUUGGUUUCGGAGGUUGGGGAAAAUCCACACAGUGCGAUCACCGUCGUAUUGACUUCCGCUGACGUGGCGGUAGAUGGAUUCUGCAUGAGCCGGUGCGGGACUCAUGGGUCGGGCGGUCUCUCGCGGAGCAGGUUCGCUUAUGCUUGGGUUGGUAACUCGGAGAGCCAGUGCCCUGGCCAGUGCGCGUGGCCCUUUCACCAGCCGAUAUACGGGCCCCAGACUCCGCCGUUAGUUUCCCCCGACGGAGACGUUGGCGUCGAUGGCAUGAUUAUUAACUUGGCGACAGUUUUGGCGGGGACGGUGACAAAUCCGUUUGACAAUGGAUACUUUCAAGGGCCAGCCGACGCGCCCCUCGAGGCGGUGAGUGCGUGCACGGGUAUUUUCGGGAGCGGAGCCUACCCGGGUUAUCCAGGAGCGGUGUUGGUGGACAAAACGACAGGAGCUAGCUACAACGCGAUUGGCCUAAACGGGCGUAAGUAUUUACUGCCUGCGAUGUGGGACCCACGGUCUUCCACGUGUAAAACGCUCGUGUGAUUGUUAAAAGAUGGAAAAUAAUGGACUCGUGACGUGAUGUGUUGUAUCUAUGUGGAGCUUGUGAGAAUUAUUUUGCUAUAAUAUUUAUCUUAAUGUAAAAA